AUGUCUCCCUCCCUCCAGCUCUCGAUUCCCACAACCUCCCUCGCCACCUCCCCCGGCAAGCCCCACACCCUCUACCACAUCAACCUCCGCCUCCCCCUCCGCACCCUUACCGUCCCCAAGCGGUACAACGACUUCCUCACCUUGCACUCGCAGCUCACCUCCACCGUCGGGUCCCCCCCGCCCCUCAACCCGCCCCCAAAAUCCUACUUCACACGCACAAUCUCCAACCCCGCCCUCACGGAGAACCGCCGCGCCGCGCUCGAAGCCUACCUCAACGCCAUCCUCACCACCCCCGACGAACGCUGGCGCUCCUCCCCGCCAUGGCGCACCUUCCUCACCCUGCCCAGCAACUGGUCCCCCAACAGCAGCAGCACCUCCCUCGCCUCCCCCACCUCCCCCAACCACCCCAUCACCGACCCCGCCCACUGGCUCGACACCCACCGCGAGGUCAAAACGCUCCUCCACGACGCCCGCAUGUUCCUGGCCAAGCGCGACCAGGCCGUCAGCGCAAACGACCAAUACGAGGCCUCGGCGGGCGCCAAGCGCUGCCUCGUGCGCUCCUCGACGCUGAUCGCUACGCUCGACGCAGCCCUCAAGGACGGCCGCAUGGGCAGCAACAAGGAGGGGGGCGGCGAGCUGCUCGACGGCGAGAUCCGCCGCCGCCGGGACCUCGUUGCGGCCGCGCGCAAGGAGCGCGAUGGGCUGGAGUCGCUCGCAAACUCGAUGGCGAGUAAGCGGGCGAUGUCAACGCCGCCCGCGGCCGAGAGCGACCGUGGAGCGCUGUUCAUGGGCGCGGGCGGCCGGCCGAGAGUGGGCGGCGGAAGGGUGUUGGGUGCGCCGCUGCCGGAGACGGAUAAGACGCGGGAGCUGGACAAUAGUGGGCUUGUGCUGCUGAACGACCAGUAUAUGCGUGAGCAGGACAAGGCCGUGGAGGGCCUGCUGGGCAAUGUCACGAGGAUGAAGGAGAUUGGAAUGGCUAUUGGGUCGGAGAUUGAGGUGCAGAACCGCAUGCUGGCGAACAUGGACCAGGAUGUGGAUAAGGUGGAUAAGAAGAUGCGGAUCGCGAAGAAGAGGGUUAAUGGCAUCUCAUAA